GUGCGAACUGGAAUAUUCUGUCUCAGUUCUCUAGAAACGUUACUUGCGCCUUUCCCACCUAACUUUUGUAAGAAGUGCCUGUAUCUCGAAAAUCUUAUCCAAUCUAUCUGAAUCUGACACUUAUUGCAAAAUCUUUGGCUGACAAGGAGGGAAACAUGGGGUUUUCCAUCCCGGCUCUUGCAUGUAGCCUUGCGUUCUUGGUAGCGUUGUAUCAAGUAUCAGCCUUUCAUUUCCGGGGAGGAAUUCUCACGUGGAAGUCCCUUCCCAUCGAGCCCAAAUCGAUCCAGGUGAAUUACUGGGUGGCUUGGAAGAAGAACUACAGUGAACCGCGGUUCGACGUCUGCACACCGAAUUCUGUGGCGGCACAGCAGCCCUUGAGAAUAGGCAAGUCGCUGAACUGCGGAGACCAGACCUGUAUCGACGACAUGACCUACAUUUGCACCGAUUACAACGAAGCUGGAGAUUAUGCUGCUGGUCAGGGCUCACAAAUAAUCGCCGCCCCUGACGGAGCCGACGUGUUUGACAUCAGUUUCCACAGUUGUUGCUGGGUGAACCUAGAAAAUUACCCUGUGCCGAGACACUACCUGUUGAAUGCCACCGUGAACCUGACGCCUCGUGGUAAUCGAGGGGGCCUGAUCAAUUCCUCGCCCGUUGCCGCUGUCGUACCAGUGCAGCUCGUUCAGCAAAGCUGCAGCCAUGUCAUUCGCAUUCCAGUGAGCGACCCUGAUGGUGAUGUGGUGCGAUGUCGCUUCCCGGUUGAAUCAAACCGGGAGUGCUUUAAAGUGUGCGGUCCACUUGCUAAUGCCGACUUGCAAAACUCUGGGGAUGAGUGUGUGCUGAUCUAUGACGGUUCCUCCCAAUCUACGGGAUGGUAUGCCGUCACCAUCAUGAUUGAAGACUUCAACAGAAGAAGAAGUCGCAGGCCGCUCAGUAGGGUGCCUCUGCAUUUCUUGAUCAAUGUGACAGCAACUGAUGACAACUGUCACCAGCCCCGCUUCCAGCAUCCUACCCCAGAGAAUGGAGCCUGUCUGCCCGCAGCGGUGGGCCAGCAGAAGAUAAUCAAGCUAGCCGCAAGCAGCGAAGAUGCAGGGUACACAAUCUCGGGAAUUUCCACCUUCGGUUUACCUUUGGGGAUGACAGUGUCACCUCUGACUUCCCAUCCUGGGAACCCUGCACUGUUUUACGUUGAACUGAGCUGGGUCCCCCAAGACAACCAAGCUGGACCACAUCAGAUCUGUUUUGCCGCAUUCGAUCGGAAAAAUAACAAGGAAUUUGCAUCCGACCAAGUUUGUGUGACAGUUUUUGUUGGAGCCCCUGUUGUCCACCCAGUCCCGGAGGUAUCCCGUCCACAGCCAGGGCAGACUGUAGAUGUAUCCAAUCAGGAAUGGGAAAUUCAUUUUAAUUCGACGAUAAUGCAACACACCACCGAGGCGGGUGCCAUUGUUUCCUUCAUCAGAAAUGACACCGAUGAGACGGUCUACACAGUCAACUUAGCCGCAGAGUCCAAUCUGAAUGUCCAGUUCCCCACCGAAGACUCGGUGGUCUUCAACACCCCGGGAAUCAUCCUUGAAGGAGAUACCGUGUAUGUCUUGCGGGUGCAUGAGGGCGCUGUCCGUAGCGACACGGAAUGCAAGUCCAACUCUGCUGCUCACGAAUGGCACUUUGUGACUGGGCCUGAUCACAACCUCCCUGCCACCAGGUUUUCCCCCGAAGAGAUCAGACGAGUCUCUACAGCCGUGCCGGAGUGUUUCUCCAGUUUCAUGUUGAUCUAUGUCUCCAAGGCCUGGCUGGCCACCGUCAGCUCUCUUGUCGACCCAGCUGGGAUGCACCUGAACGAUCCGUCAUGCACUGGGGAGGAAUUCAACGAAACCCACUACAUCCUUGGGGCAACUCACGACAUGUGUGGCACUGCCGUUGAAUCCGAGAGCAGCAAUGUGCAGGUUGUUGAGAACAUUGUCCACAUUCCCCCUCAACCGGAAAGCCCCAGCUCCCCCAUCACCAGAGACAACAACAUUGAGGUCCACGUGACCUGCCGACUGACAGGGGCAAAGGUCACACACGCCCAGUUUGAUCCCAACAUCACCACCAUCGUCUACUAUGAGACGGGCUAUGGGACUUUCAACUUCCAGCUUCGGAUGUUUCACGACUCAAGCUUCGGGAAUAAGUACAGGCCCAGGGACUAUCCCAUCGACGUGUACCAGAAACAACGGCUGUACUUCGAAGCCAAGGUCAUGUCCAAUGAUGACAUGUCAAUAUUCCUACAGUCAUGCAGAGCCACCCCGACAGCCAACCCAAGAGACCCAACAUCCUAUGUUUUCAUUGAUUCAGGAUGCAAGGUUGAUGACACGGUCCAAUUCCACGAACUCAGCAAUAGCAUGCUGAAGAGGUUCUCCAUUGAGGCUUUCGCCUUCAUCGGAAACAAUCUCCAUGGCUCGGUGUUUGUUCACUGUGACAUAGCCACGUGCUUUGCUGAUGACAUUGACUCCCCCUGUGCCAGAGGAUGCGUGGAAUCCCCAUCUAUUGCAAGGAGAGACACAUCCCAGACUGGUUCCGCCUCCAAAGCUUAUCCAAACACAGAUGGGCCCAUCAGGAUCCAUACCACUACAAAACAAAUGGGGAGCAAGGUCAUGACAGCCUCCAAGCAAUUCAACUUCUCUCUGGUGGAGCUGCCGAUGUUGACGGCUGCUAUUCUCCUGCUCUCCAUCAUCCUCCUGGUUCUCAUCCGAGUGGUUAAGAUCACGGGGCGGCCCAAGAGGCUGGAAACACCCAUGAACCCUCAUCGUGUGGAUCGGAUCAAGCUGCCAUCUAUCAGGAUUGGUAACGAGUAACUAGUGUCACAUGCGAGGGCCACACCUGCAGAUCGGUGUGGUAUAUGAAAUUCGGAUUCUGUGAAAUUUGAGCUGUUUGUCCAUUUUCUGUGUGUACAGAACAGUGUUAGCCAACAGGUAAACAGGGUUCCGGGAUUCACGGGACAAAAACUACCAAAAUUCACAGGGGUCCCAAUCAGUUCUUGCUCUGCCUGGAUGUGAACUACUAUUUCUGAUGCAACCGUAAUGAUUCUUGCUUGAGCUCAUUUCAGCUGCAGAUGUUCCAUAACACCAGUGCAUUUUAUGUUCAUCUUAGUGUGAAGUUGAAACUGGCUUUGUACAUUGCGCUCCGUGAAACUUUCCGGGGAAUCAAUACCUGUGACAAUUCAGGCACAAACUUGUCAAAAGAUUAAUUCGCUAUAAUCUUACCAAACCUUAACACACUUUCCCACUUUUUUAACCACAAAUUAGGGUUUGUUAAAGGGUUCAAUUCAAAUAUGAAACAGUGAGAUGUUUUAUGUUUCAUGCAGGUAAUGGUUGUUUUAUUUACAUCUAACCAAUAAAAAAUGAAAACUUUAAUGAACUGUACCAUAUGUCACAUCACACACAAUUUAUACGCCUCCAGAGAAAUCAAUAGUUUGAAAAGCAUAUUAAAAUCAGUUUCAAUUUUUUACAAGGGCCCCAAAACAUAUACAUAGGAAAAAUGUUAACGCUGUUAAUUACAAUAAGCAAUCUACCAACAUACAUAUUGAUCUGGUGGAUUUGUUUCAUAUUUGCUGCCAGGAAUGGACACCUGCAUGCUUUAUAUACAUGUUUUCUUGUACAACAGUUGUACUUUGCAUGUACUGCAUAAAUGCUGAACCCAGCUAAACACCUGUGAAAAGUCCGAGGAAUGGACCCUAAGCUUGAACCACUAGUCUAACUAGCUGGUGUUUUAAAGUACUUUACCCUUUUUUCUUAUGUUCCGACAUGAUAUCCCUUCCAGUAAAGCUCUUUGGUCGUAAUCACUAUUUAAAUCAUCAGAACCCCUUAAGGGCCUUCUAUGUGAAAUAGAAAUCUUUACAUAAUGUCAUUUAGGGACACAACUUGAAUACCUACUAUUGUUAAAAGUCACAGCCCUUCUCUCCAAAAUGUGAAACCCAUCUUGGGUUAGAGGAAAGAAACAAAAGUGUUAAGAGUGGUGUUGAAUUUCAUACUGGAUGCCGGAGCCUCUUGCCAACAUGGGCUGAAGUUGAAUCUUCCAUUUUUCAAUGCUUCAUUUUUGAAAAGUCCAUAAGCCUUGUGUCCAGGCAAUGCUCAACUUUGAGAGGAGUUACAAGAACUGUGCAGUUUUCACAAUAGCCUUGUGAUAUUAAGUAAUGUAAAAACUUGUGAAGGUCAGAGCUGCUGUAUCGUACACUAGUGUACAAUUCAUUGCCAAGGAGCAAACGAGCUGAAUACUAUUCUAUUCCAAGUUGUGCAUAACUAAUGACGCUUAUUUUAGAAGUUUUAUAUUUUUUUAUUAUAAAACAUAAAAUAAAGCUUUUUCCUUAACUGGAGCCAAAAAUAAGGGUCAGUCAGAAAUGAGAAUUUCUGACCCACCCUUAUACGGUUCACAGGUGACUUUGUCAAACACGUGAACGCACCACUGAUUGCAAGCUUCUGUUGGAUGAAAAGUCAAGUUGAGCAUCACCUUCCAGUUCCAUGAUUCCAUGUAACUCUAUGUGCAGUGGGCGUUGUUUAAACUGAAGUGAUGUCACAACUAUGGGCACACAUAGUCUCUUCGGAAUUGCUCACAAAGCCCUCUGCGUGGACAAGAGAUGCACAUGUUUUUCUCACGGUAAUGACAACCCUUUGGUGGGACAGGCCAUGCAUGUAUGCACACGUGCAGGUUCACGUGUACAAGGCACAGCGCAGACACUCCCAAUUUGUAUUGGACUGCACAGUUCUUGCAGAAACAGGUGCACAGCUCACAUAAUUGACCAUUUACAGUCAGUCUUUUGCUGGUUCUUGUAUGGGGUAGAGGCCAGUCUCUUCACAACACCCCUCUGUCAAUAUUUCAGUGAGCUACUAGCCCUAGCAUUAUUUCUCACAAUGACUGGUACAGUGUUUUGCCUCAAAGAUGACUAUAAAUAAGCCAAAUAUAGUGCAGGUAGUUCCUACAACUAUUACAGGUGUAUUUCUAUCGGCUAAACAGUCAUUUACUUAUUGCAGCAACAUAAAUGAAAGACAGCUAUUCGUUGGAGUGUUUUCUUUCUUUCUUUCUUUGUUUUUUGCUUUCACCAGUAACCAUGGCAUAUCUAAUGCUUGUAUGGAGGGUAGUAUAUUACAAGAUUACUGAUCUUAUAAUGAGAGUGCUCCCACAUGAAGGUGAAAUACUGAAACUUAAUAAAAACACUGAUC